GACUGCCGCUAUCUUCAAAGAUUGGUUCCAUCGUUCAUUCAUACCUGAGGUAACGAAAUUUUUCACAAAAAAAGGUCUACGAGUUAAGGCUGUCCUUUUAAUUGAUAACGCUCCAUCGCAUUCACCUGAGAAUGAACUUAAAAGUGAAGACGGCUCUAUUUUAGCAAUGUUUAUGCCACCCAACGUCACCCCCCUUAUACAACCCAUGGACCAAAAUGCAAUCAGGAUUACAAAACUUUAUUACAGAAACAGUCUUUUGGCUUUGGCUUUCACUUAAGGACGCUAUUAUUACCCUUGAAUCUGCAUGGAAUAAAGAGGAUGAGGCUGUGCUAUCAAAAUGCUGGAACAAUGUUUUGAGUAUGCUUGAAAAUCAAGAAGAUCCUGAAGAUGAAAUUCCUUUGAAUAUCCUUCGAAGGAACUUGAAUAUGAAUGUGGGAUACUUGGAGCAGAGCGCAGCCAAUUUUUUACAAAACUUGAGACCUGAGAUUGGAAUCUCUGCUUGCGGCGUUAGAGAAUGGAACGAGGAUGCUAUUGAAUUCAAUGAAAAUGAAAUACAAGAAAUAUCCGACGAAGACGACUAUACUGUAGAGUCGCAAAAGACGAUUACAGCAAGAGAAGCUAUUGACAUAUUUAAUAAUGCUUUGGAAUGGCCUGAAAGUGAAAUGGUUGAACAAAGGGAAUUAAAUGUAUUAAAUAACUUAAGGGAAAAAGCAAUUUUUAAGGUGGUUGAACAAAAGAAACAGCAAAAGAAGAUUACCGAUUUUUUUCCAAAAUGA